AUGACUAGAGUAAUGCAUUCAUAUACCGCUCAAUAUUCUUUUACCCUGUCUGGAAAAAUGGAAGGCUUUGACAAGCUCGCGUGCCUUCUUCCAAACAGGAGAACUACAGUCAUGUACGCCCUUCAACCUGUUAAGAAUAAAACGAGGUACUUUGUCAUCGCUGAUACAGAAAUCUUUCAUGGGCAAAGGACUGUUACCGUGCGAUCCCCUCUCAAGAUUCAGAACCACUUGGGACGGCCGGUCCAAGUGCUCUGUGAGAAAGUCGCGCUGGAAAUGGCUGGCGCCGUACCGGAGGACUAUUCGAAGAACCCGUUUCAAGAUAAAUUCGUUCGGCUGACCACCCUUGCGGCAGAUGGCUCUUAUGACUUACCACUGAUUGUUGCUUACCAUUGCAAGUUAUUCAUUCGACCCAUGCCUCUGGAAUCCGACCAGAAAGAGUAUGGUCUUAGCAGUGAAGGUAUCUGGUGGAAAGACAUGACAGCGUCUCAGAAAAGCAGCAAGUUUCUCGAAUGCUACGCAGAAAAAGAAUCGGAUAGUUUGUUCUGCAUGAAGGUGGUUUGCGAAGAGAAUCGUGACCUGAAGAUGCCAUCGGUUGGGACGAAGCUAGUUCCGAAUUUUUGUCUUCAUCUUGAUCCUCCUCUCGUUUUCCACAACUCUCUUCCGUUAACGUUGGACAUCCAUUUUAAGGUUGGUCAGUACGUUGGACUUCAGUGGCACGGCAAACUGUCUGUGAGCGGCGACACAGAAGAGCUCCAUCCAGUUCCCAUGAGCCCAGAGACGGACACUGGAGGUGGCAAUCGCCACUUGGCCCUACAUGUCCAUGUGACAAGAGACAGAAGUUUGGACCUGCACCUCUUCGCUCCUUACUGGAUCGUCAACAAGACUGGGUUGCCGCUGCAAUUCAGGGGUUCCAUGUCUGAUGCAGUAUACGAAGCAGCUUCGAGUGCAGAUCCUUUACUCUUCCGUUUCAAAAAGCACCGCAAAAAGAAGGCAAAACUCCGAGUGUACAGUUCCCAAUGGUCAAGGUCUUUCUCGCUGGACACCGUGGGCAAUUGUGGAGUCGUCGUUUGUGCUGAUAAGGAAAGGAAUAAAAAAUAUCAUUUCUUCGUCAACGUUGAAGUCUCGAAAAUGCUGCUGACAAAAGUGGUCGUCAUUAAACCUUUCUUCUUGGUCAUCAAUAAUACGGAGAAUCAUUUGCGUUUCAUGGAGAAGAAUGAAGCUACAGAUUUGUGGUUUGACAUUGCACCAGAUAAGUGCCUUCCUUUCUGGCCCGACACGGACUCGCUGAAGAUGUUUGUCAAGCUGAGAGACAGCAAGGCAGUGUCUCAACAUUUUCCAAUUGACUUCUCUCAUUCCACGGUCCUCAGAAUGGAACACGGGAGUGCCUUGAAAGUGGAAGUACGAAGUGGAGAGGACUGCCCCAGCACCAUCGCCUUCCAGAACUACACGCCAGGUGACGCCCCUGUCAGGGUGGACAACUACUGUGAAGAUCUUUUCCUCAAAAUACAUCAAAAAUCUCAAAGCCAGGUGACCCUGCUGAAUCCUUAUCAGUCAGUUUUGUACACGUGGGACGACCCGAGCCAGGAGAGGACCCUGAUAUGGAACCUCUACAACCGGAAACGAAUCGGAUUCCCCGCCCGGAUAGAACGGGAUGGCUACGGAUUCGAAAAGGUCUCCUUCCACUCCUUGCGGAAGCCCCUGCUGCAGCAACAAUCAUCGAGCUCAUCUUUAGAAGUGAGCAGCAGCUCCGAAGACGACAGCGAAUCGGAGGAUGGUCUCCUGCCCAAGAAAACGAGGAAGGACAAAGUGGUGGUGCACUGGGUGUCGUACGUCGAGAAGGAACAGAGAGUCCUGCUCUUUACACAGGACGACAGGGUCGCCAGACAGGUCAGAAAGGCGGUAGACGGCGAACGAGCUUAUUUGGAGUGCUUCCUGUCGCUGAACAGCGUGGGCGUGUCGGUCGUGAACGAAGCCCACCGUGAGCUGGCCCACGCCAGCCUCGCGCCCUGCCCCGCCAUCUGGGAAAUUGAAAUCAACAGGUCGUGGAAACUGCUCACUCUCGAGCUCUCCGCCUGGCUCGAAGACAAGUGGAACGCAGACCAGCACAAAGCACAACUCAAGGACUACUUGCAGGUGGAUUUGAGCAAAAUGCAAAUGAUCAAACCCUUCUUUGGCCAAUUACGUCGCUUUUACAGCCCCGCCCUCUGGUGCCAACUCCGGAAAUCUCCAUACCAACUGUACGCUCAUCUUAAGGUGCACAGGUUCCAAAUCGACAAUCAACUUCCGGAAGCCGUCUUCCCAACCAUCUUGCAUCCGGGCACAACACCUCAGUACAUCGUGAGAAGGAGUGGACCACGCCCCUUUUUCGAAACAGCUCUCCUUCUCAACUCUUCAAGAGAGAAAAAGACAAUAAAGUUCUGGAAAGUACUGUUACAAGAGAUGCACCUGAACUUAGACAAAGGAUUUCUUCUCUCAAUUCACGACAUGUACUCUAGGUUCGCCAGCCAGUCUGAUGAGGCAACCAGACUGAAAGAAAAUUUGAAAAUAGCUCAAGCUCCAUUAUAUAGUGAAGAACUGAACCACAAACAUCGUGGAAGGAAAGGAGUGUCUUUUGAAUACGUCCAUCUGUCUCCCAUUGUGAUUCACUUCAGCUUCAGUCCGAGGGGGAUCGUUCACAAGGCCAACCCUCGAGCUCCUUCCUUGCAAGGAGACGCAAUAGAUCUUCUCCUCAACUCGGUGGGGGCCACACUCACUGAAGUCAAGGACGUUGAAAUCAAGCUAGCUUUCUUCGAGCGUCGAUGCUUGUUAGCGGAACCAUCUGAACUAUGGUCAGAAGCUCUGAGUCAUUACAGAUCUCAAUUAGUACAGCAAGUUUACGUCCUGGUCUUGGGUUUGGACAUCCUUGGAAACCCAUUCGGCCUUCUUAAGGACUUUACUCGUGGCCUAGGAGAUUUCUUCUACGAACCUUACCUGGGUUCAGUUAAAGGACCAGAUGAAUUUGCUGAGAGUUUGGCCCGAGGCGCACAAAGUUUAUUAGGCCACGUCAUUGGUGGAUCUACUGGAGCUAUCGCUUUGGUCACAGGAUCUCUCGGCCAAACGCUUUCUGUUCUGACUUUUGACGAAGAUUAUCGAAAGAAGAGACAACAGCGCAUGCAGCUGACUUCCAAUUCUCUCCCGUUCGCUCUCUGUUCUGCUGCCAGGACGUUUGUCUUAGGAGUGGGUCUCGGGCUCUCGGGGGUCGUCGUACAGCCCAUCACUGGUGGUCAACAAGAAGGGUUGGAAGGUUUCUUCCGAGGCAUUGGCAAAGGUUUACUGGGACUCAUUACCAAACCUGCUGGAGGAGUGAUGGACAUGGUCAGCAUGGCUUUCGACGGCAUUCGCAGAGCCGCAGAAAUGGGUGAAACGGUUGUUCUGCGCAUGCGUUUGCCGAGAUACAUAAACCCCACUGAAGGUCUUCGGCCGUAUUCUCCGUACUUGGCAUCCGGCUGUCAUCUUCUGGAGCUGGUCAGCAAAGGCCAUUAUGCGGAAACGGAUAUCUACUGGGCACAUGCCGCUCUGACGCCUCAAGACCGGACAAGGGUAGCGCUUCUCACCGAUAAGCAUGUAUUCCUGUUGGAGAAAAAUCGUCUGUGGGGUGGAUGGGACGUGGACUGGGUGAUCAGCGUCGAUGAUAUCCUCACCGUACCCCACAUUCAAGCGAACAACCUGGUCAUUAAAGUCAAACAGGAGGACUGGAUUCUGAACUUCGCUGGCGACGAGCGCUACGUGCAAUGCGACGAUCCCCUGGUACUGGAGUGGCUGAAGGACAAGAUCGAGAAGGUCCUCCUGUACAACAUGAGAGAGAAGCCCUGUCCUGUGUGAAUGUGCCUUCCUCCAAAUCAUAACUCACUAAAACCAAAGGGGCUUUCUCGCCAGUCUCGUAUAUAUAGCAGUGAUAAAAACGACUGGGCCGAUUAUUUUGCGGUUGCGCAAGUCUGUGUGUGGUCGCUGAGGACAAGUGUUCGAGAGUUGGAAAGUGGUGAGGAACUUCUUUCAGUGUGGUACCCAACGACUCCUUGAUCAAAUACGUGUUUCUAUCUCUUCUGUCCGCGAUGUUGUUCUUUCCUGCAAGUGACUGAAUGGCAAAAAAAGAGAUUGCAGAUUAGCGGUGCUUAU